GCGACAUAUGAAUUUCAAUAAAGCUACCGAAAGUCAGGAACGAACAAAAACUUGACUUUUCCAAAUAUUCAAGCAUUCUUCAGUACAAAGAUUGGGCGAUAUCGUUGUAAUAAAAAUUAAAUGACAAUGAAUGAAAAAUCUGAUUUAGACUAUGAAAAGGAGCAUGUUCACAAGGUGUAUGACAAAAUCGCUACUCACUUUUCAGACACUCGCUACAAGCCUUGGCCAGUUGUAGAACGUUUUUUGAAUUCUUUACCUGUUGGCGCUGUCGGUUUUGACAUUGGAUGUGGAAAUGGAAAGUAUCAAAAGGUGAAUCCGAAUAUUUAUCUGAUAGGAAGCGAUCGUUGUGAAAAAUUGGUUCAAAUUGGAUACAAACUAGGACCUAUGGUAGUCGCAGAUGGUUUGCAUGUUCCACAUCCAACAGAUCGAAGUGAUUUUGCAUUGAGCAUAGCGGUUAUUCACCAUUUCAGUAACGAAGAACGGCGCCUACAGGCUGUUCAGGAAGUUCUGAGGGUAGUUCGUAAAGGAGGGAAAGCACUAUUUUUUGUUUGGGCGCUUGAACAAAGGAAUUCUCGUCGAGGAUUUUCUGAAAAUGGACCUCAAGAUGUCCAUGUUCCUUGGGUUUUAAAACGACAAUACGAGUAUCCUAAUGCAAAACCAGAGGAGUUAAAAGGACAUCAUCCAGAUGAAAACGUUGCUUAUCAGCGGUACUAUCAUUUGUUCAAGAAAGGUGAGCUUUCUGAGCUCGUUCAAAAAGCUGGUGGAAAGCUUUUAGAAGAUGGUUAUGAUCGCGAUAAUUGGUGGGCAAUUGUCGAAAAGCUUUAGACGCUUGGCAAUUGACAAUGGACAUGGUGCAUUUCGUAAAAUAAUCUAGAGUACUGUUCAACUUGAAGUAUUUUUCCAUAUGGAAAUAGAAUCUUAUAUGUAUAAGUAUAUAAGCAUAUCUUCACUUUCACCUAAUGCGCUUUUAAUGGCGAGCAUCGUUCGUAAGCUCGUGUUUUCAUGCAAUCAUGAACACAUCUUUAGCGACAUGAAUUUCGACAUUUUAGA